CUCCUCCUCCUCCUCCUCCUCCUCAUCAUCAUCCCUGUUUCCUUUAAGUCCUCAGAUGUGCGACUUGCACCGUCGGCGGACCCGGAGGCCUGAUUCAUGUUAACCACACAUGUUACUAUGCGGAUAAAGAGAUAAAUAAACCCCCGUGUUGAUGAAGUUUGAGUUCAGUUACAGAGGGUGAAGUGGAGAUGUUUGCUGUUGACUGAAGUCCACUCCGAGAAACAAAAUGAAGAGGAGGCUGCUUCGUGGUUUUCUGUCGGAAAUCUCUAUCCGGAUGGCGCUGCUGGUGGUGUUCCUUGUAACGGAGCAGCUUCCUCCUUUCUACCGUGAGAUCCAGGCGGAGGAAAUGUGGCUGUAUAAAUUUCAUCGUGUGGAGAGAGACCACGUACCCACUUCUCUAAUGUUUAGUGUGGCGGUUUUCACUCCGCUGAUCAUAAUCUUGGUUUUCACCUUCAUGAAGAAGUCUGAGCGAGGAGAUCUGAAGGAGGCGUCGCUGGCUGUGACUCUCACUCUGGUGCUCAACGGAGUUUUCACCAAUGUCAUCAAACUGGCUGUCGGCAGGCCACGACCAGACUUCUUCUACCGCUGUUUUCCAGACGGUCAGAUGAACAUGGAGCUACGCUGCAGCGGUGACCCAGAUGUCGUCAUGGAAGGCAGGAAGAGCUUUCCCAGUGGACAUUCAUCCUUUGCGUUUGCAGGAUUGGGCUUCACAGCGUUUUACAUCGCAGGAAAGCUGCGCUGCUUUAAUGUAGCAGGUCAAGGCAGAGCAUGGCGGCUUUGUGCCUUCCUCACCCCUUUACUGGUGGCGACUGUGAUCGCCCUGUCCAGAACCUGCGACUACAAACACCACUGGCAAGAUGUGUUAGUGGGCUCUCUGCUGGGUCUUACGUUCGCCUGGCUGUGUUACAGACAGCACUACCCUCCGCUGCAGGACCCCGACUCCCACAGGCCUCUGCGUCACAGAGAUAGUGUCCCCGCCGCACAGGAGCGAAAGCUGGCCAACUCCAACUACAUCCUGCCCCUGUAACAAGCUUGAUUAUACUCUUUACUGGUGUCAUUUCUAAGGGGGUUACCUGGUGAUCCUUUUAAACUCUGGUUAUCACAUCCUUAGGUCUGGGCAGUAUAUCAGUAUUAAUUGUUUAUCAUUGUAACUGUAUUGUGGGGAUUUUCUUUCUGUUUGGUGAUACAUGACUCAAAAACUAAAAUGACACUUUUCUCCUAAACGGUUUCUUAGACAUUUGAGAGUCGCCAACAAUAACAAAAAAACAGUUUAACGGUCAAUAUUAAAAGUUUUGGUGAAUAUCAUGACAUUUUUUCCCAUCUGGCCCAGCCCUACUGUACACACCCUGUGUAUUGUGCCUAUAGAUCACAUAACUUUAAAUACUUACAACAGCUGAGCAGGUCAACUACACAAGCACCGCACUAUAAAGUUCACUGCCCGUCAGUCUCUGGCUCAGCUGCUGUGAAACUUUGAAUGAAAGUUUGUCAUGUAGGGUCACUACUUCGUGAUUGUUUUGUAAACUUGCAAAUAUUUCAAAAAAGCAGGGGGUUGAGACUCGAGGAGGGAAAAAAGAUAAUCUAAGUUCACACAUCUGCUUACUAAUGAUUCAGAGACUCCAGCUGCAAGUCGAUGUCAGAAGUCUGCAGACACGAGACGAAACGGCUCACAGCGUCGACUGGGAAGAAGCGAAAGUCAUCGAGCGGGAAUCAGUGGACGGCCGGAGAAAAAUCAAGACAUGAGAGAUCAUCUUUAAACAGAGGCAGUAGUAACGGCCUUUGCCAUAAUUUACAACUAUCGCACAACUCUACGUCACACAGUUAGACCUGAGUCUAAUGCACUCCUAUGAAGAAAACCAUGAGAUGAGGACGCAUCAUUUGAUCGCUAGAAGACUUUAUUAAGACAGCUUCUUCAUCUACAUAAGAAACAAUAUUCUUCAGUUAUAUUGUCUCAGUGACUCAGUUUUUAGCACCACAGCAACCCCAUGUCUCAUGUCACCUCACAAAGAAAUGGUCUAAAUUAGCUCCACACAGAUUUUUAAUUUGAGGGACAAAGAAAGCCUUGUGGUGUCAGAAGAGAAAAAGUCAGAUGGGUUCAUGUCUAGCGUGACAUGCAGUUGAAACCUCCUGAAUCAUUAGUAAGUGGACCUUUAAAAUCCUUCACCGGGUUGUAUUUUGGAUGAAGAAACCCAGUGAAGUCGAGUCAUCAAUGUAGGCUGUCUAAAAUUUGGGUUGGGCAGAAUGGGUACAGUCCUUUUUAUAAUACUGUCAUUUUAAACCACAAUAUCAGUAUCUAUAUAUUGUGAUAAAAUCAAUCUUUUAGAAAAUCAAUCAAGAAAUUGUUAAAUGGAUAAAAUAACCAGACAGGGAUGUCCAACAGCUUGGUCAGCAUCACAUCUUUGAUCUCUUUAGUUUCGCUCUACUGUCUCCAUCUCGAGUGCUUUAAAUCUCUUCGUCUUCCUAUAUUCAUAUUUUGAAUGUCAACCGGUUUCCAUUCACAUAUUAAUGGAUGAUAUUUAACAUUCUGAUGUAGCAGUUACACUCGACUCGUACUAUGGUUUCUUGCAGUGCCUGCUGUACUUAUUUAUGAUUCUAUUAAAAAAAAAUCACAUCUCAGGCCUGAUGGCACAUCAAAGUGUCGUCAGGCGUUAAUAUGACUGUAAGAGAGGAUAAAUGUGUGUUCAGUGGUCUCAGGCUAACUGUAGGUCUGGUUUCUGUUACUGCACACUGGCUCAGCGGCCGACCCGAUCAAACAAAGUGAGAAUGUCCAGCGGAGAUGAGACGUCACAGGGGUUGUUUAUUUUUUUGUUUAUUCUUUUGGGUUUUUUUGGACAGUAGAUCUUGCUGGUGAUGAACCUGAGUGAGGUCAGACUGUAGCCUCUCCAGGUGAUGGUGCUAGCCUCGCAGUACUCCUGCUGGUCAGGUUUUCCUGUUAUCCUGUUAAUUGUUUUAUUGUCACUUUAGUGGUAAAGUUUGUUAAGUUUUCUUUGAUAGAUCAAAUUUAAUUCAUUUAAUUGAAACGAUAAAGUCAGUUUUUUUUUUUUAUUUACUUCUGAUGUAUUUCAUGUUAUGUUCCAUUUUCAUCCUUUAAUUGCUGCCUAGUCGUUGGUUUAAAAUUUGAUAGAAAGCAUCAAAUUUUAUGCAGAAAUUAAGCUAAAGGAGCGUCAUUGUGAUGUUUUUUUGUUUGAAUCCAGCCAAAGUUUUUGGAGGGUCAAAGCACUUUUUGUUUGUCGUCGUAAAUCCAGCUUAAAUCUGACUGGAUCGCAGCGGUUUCAGACCAAACUUGGCAGAAAAAAACCUGGUAAAAAUGUGUGCCUUUGUUUACUACAUUAAUUCUUAGCUCUCUGUUAAUGAAUGAAGCGUAUAUACUGCAUGUAACAGUGUAUGCUCUCCAUCAUGUCAUCCACACCACUUUGCUCUGUACGUUUUUACGUUUGUGUAUAAGAUUCACUUUGGGAAGAUAACGAUGUUUAAAUGUGGCAUGCUGCCUUUUCUUUACCUCAGUGGAACAAAAAAAACAUAUGACUUUUCAUUUAUCUCACUGUUGUUGAAAUCUAACAGACAAAUGUGAAUAUUUACAUCUGAGGGAGUAGCAAAGAUGGGGGGAAAAACUUCACUUUCUACACAUCUUUGAGAGAAAUGAUAUCUUAAUUUACUUUGCCAGUCUAACAAGUAUUUAUGAGAUGAUGUACAGCUGUCGUAUUUAAUUUUUGGGGCAUGUGGGAGUUUACUUGAAUUUUAAAUAUGUGUUUGUUUACCUUAAAUGUGAUAAUGUUAUUUCAUGACAGUAGGAAUCAUACUUGUGGGAACAC